AUGCGCCUCAUAUCUCUCGUCAAGGACUAUCUGCUCAAUGCAUCAAUCCACGGUGUGCGGUUCAUGGUGGACGAUUCUUAUCACAUAGGAGAAAGGUUGUUCUGGAGCAUAUGUGUUGCCCUCUCUUGGUUCGGAUCCGUUAUGCUAAUCUUUGCCUCCCUGGAAGCUUUCCGCACCAGUGCAAUUUCGUUUGUGGUGGAAACCAACUAUCUUGAUUGGAACACCGAGUUUCCUUCGAUCGUGGUUUGUGAGAUGCGUAACAUGGAACGAAUCCAGAUGGUGGCUGAUGAGUUAUGGGGAGAAGAUCACGAUUUCGCAAUGGAAGAAGUUUUAAACGAAAUCGCUUUCUUCCGUGGGGAGUCCUAUCAUACCAUGAACGAAUGCACCGGUGACGACCCGGCGGAAAAUUGCUUCUAUAGUAACUUCUCGCACUUUGCCCGACUAGUUCGAAGUCCUUGCGAAAACACACUCGAGAGCUGCUCCUGGAAUGACACGCCAUUUGAUUGCUGCAAGUAUUUUCAGCCCAUGGAAACGGAAAUUGGACUGUGCUACGCGGUGAAUUCUUUCCAAACCAGUGCCAAAAUUCCGCUGAAGAUCGAUAUGGUGUCGAACAAAACUACCGGCCCAGGGCGGUUGAAAGUUACACUUUUGACCGAAGCUUACGUGUUUACUCUGGGAAAGGAGGAUGUACCAAAUUUAAUUACUCCAAAGUCGGAGGUUUUGAUCAUCGAUGGCUCUGUUGCGUACAAACGUCAGAUCUCAAUUAAAAACAUUGCGAAUGACCCGGAAACGAAGCAAGUCAGCGUGGAGCAACGCAAGUGCCGCUAUCCAGACGAGAACAAUUUGGAAGUACAUGCCUACUAUAGCUACAGCGCCUGCUCAGUUCAGUGUCGGAAGGAUAAACAAUUGAAGACCUGCAAUUGCACAAAUCACCUAAUGCCAAGUACCAAUCCAUCCCAGAAGUGCAACAUAACCGGUCUAAGCUGUCUGAAUGCACACUACGAGGACCUGACCGUCGUCAUUCCGCGUUGGUCUACCGGGAAAGGCGUCGUCUGCGACUGUUUGCCCUCCUGCACCGAGCUCGAUAUUGCGGUGGUGCACGACUCGCGCGAAACUCUGUACACGGAAAAACGCCUCUCCACCCUCGAUAUCGAACUUUCCGCACUGCCAACGGAACGCUACAAGCGAAAUGUGGUCCGCGGCCGGCUCGAUCUGGUCGUUUCGAUAGGAGGCACCACCGGUUUGUUUGUCGGGGCAAGCUUGCUAUCGUUCGUUGAAAUUGUCUAUUACUUUACGAUUCGUCCCUAUGUAACGACCGUGGCGAAGAAAAUUCCUUCACAAGCCCCGAAACAGUAA